AUGGUGAUAAUGACUUGUUAUCGUAUUGUUCUAAUUUAUUUAAUAUUUGCAAUAAUAUGUGUGAAAACCGAAGAGGAAACUGUGCAGAAAAUGACAAAGGCUGAAAGAAGAAGCUUAAGGGAAGAAUCAAGGCGUAUGUUUUAUCAUGCAUACAAUGCAUACAUGGAUAAUGCAUAUCCUGCUGAUGAGUUAAUGCCCCUUAGCUGUAAGGGAAGGUGGAGGGGUGUUACCCCCAGUCGAGGGGAUAUGGAUGAUGUUUUGGGCAAUUUCUCACUCACUUUAGUAGACAGUUUGGAUACAUUAGCUGUCAUGGGAGAUUUCUCAGAAUUCAGUCGGGCCAUAAAGCUGGUUAUACAUGAUGUAACAUUUGAUCAUGAUAUUAUUGUGUCAGUUUUCGAGACAAACAUCAGGGUGAUUGGAGGCCUGUUAUCUGCCCACGUGCUGGCCAUGGCUCUGAAGACUGAAGUUCCAGCUUUACAGUGGUACAAUGGUGAAUUAUUGGCUAAAGCUGAAAAUUUGGGUAAACGACUUUUACCAGCGUUUAAUACCUCCACUGGAAUACCUCAUGGCAAAGUUAAUCUUCGCCACGGCGUCCGAUGGAUGACAGAAUCACGUGAAACAUGUACAGCUUGUGCAGGAACUAUGAUAUUAGAGAUGGCAGCGCUAUCCCGGCUAACUGGCAACCCUAUAUUUGAGCAAAAGGCCCAUAAAGCUAUGGACGGGCUGUGGAAGAUAAGACAUAGAACAUCAGAUCUCAUGGGGACAGUCAUAAAUAUCCACUCAGGCGACUGGGUGAGGAGAGACUCCGGUGUCGGCGCAGGAAUUGAUUCCUACUACGAAUAUUGUCUGAAGGCCUACAUUUUAUUAGGCGAUGAAAAGUAUCUGGCAAGAUUUAUAAGACACUACAAUGCGGUCAUGAAGUACAUAAGCAGGGGUCCUAUUAUGCUGGCGGUACAUAUGCAUAGGCCACAUCUCCAAUCGCGGAAUUUUAUGGAUGCUCUGCUGGCCUUCUGGCCUGGUCUUCAAGUACUCCUUGGUGAUGUGAAACCAGCUGUCGAAACCCAUGAGAUGUUGUACCAAGUGAUGCAACGACAUACAUUCAUACCAGAGGCAUUUACCAGUGAUUUUCAGGUUCACUGGGGCCAACAUCCCUUGCGGCCAGAAUUUCUAGAAUCCACCUAUUUCCUCCAUCGUGCCACAGGUGACGAUCACUAUCUUCAAGUUGGCAAAACAGUUUUAAAAGCGCUGCAGCAGUACACCAGAGUGCCAUGCGGUUACGCAGCUGUCAAUGAUGUCAGGACGAGAAUCCAUGAGGAUAGAAUGGAUUCAUUCGUCCUGGCCGAGACAUUUAAAUAUUUAUUCAUGCUGUUUGGGGAAGACAAGGAUUUGCCGAUAAAGUUGGAGGAUUAUGUGUUAACUACUGAGGCACACUUUCUUCCACUUUGGCUUGCGACAGAUGGGAAGAACUCCACUUUGAAUAUCCGGGUGGAUGAUGAAGAUGAUGAUAAGUAUAGAAAAACAUGCCCGAACACAGCGACCCUAGAUUCUGAAAAGGUCCGGCGUCCGAUGCGACAAAUGUUAGGAUCGUCCGCGGCACGACCACCCGCGAGGCUGCUGCCUUUGAAUGACCCGAGGCAAGUUCACGCAUUGUCUGAUAUGGGAAUAUCAGUCUUAACGCUGCCAGACGGAAGGGUACAAUUGCUUUAUACUACUAAUACGGCGAAAUCAGCUAAAGACGCCGCCGAGGGACUGACGUUUAUGCGUGAAAUGUCAAAAUGGAACUCUUUAAGUGAAAUGGAGAAUGGCGUAAUCGCUGCCGGUGUGAAAUUUAACGAGAAAAUUUACCCGGCUGGCCCAGGCCUCUUCGGAAAAGAGAUAACAGGUAACGAACGCUAUAUGAGCACCGCUGUAUACGUUAUACCAAACGAUGCCUGCUCACAAAUAGAGAACAGUCAUGACAUAGCAGGUAAAAUAGCUAUCGCAACACGCGGUCAAUGCACGUUCGCCCAAAAAGUCAGAAACAUCCAAGAAACAAAUGCUCAACUUGUUAUAAUUCUGGACAACGUUAAAGAUUCGUCACACGAGAGCACAGCACUUUUCGCGAUGUCCGGAGACGGAAAAAACGACAUACGAAUACCAGCCGUAUUCCUCUUCAGUAAAGAAGGAAACGCUUUGAUCGAAGCGUUGAACAAUGACCCGGAACAAUUCAUAGUGAUCGGUGAAUUUAAAUCUAUGAAGCAAGAAUUUGAGAAUACGUGUGAGGAUAAGGAUUUAGAACCAGUUCAAGAUAAAGAGUCAUUUGACCAUUUGAAGAAAGUCUUAAGUCAGCUGGUCGCUCAAUUCGAACUCACGCUAUCGAGUGACGACCAGAAGUGUGAAGAACCUACUGAUGCGUAUCUAACGAGUAAACAAGGGGAAAAUGUAUGCAAAAUUGCUUCGAAUGAUGGCGAUUGA